GAGGAGAUGGAGGAGGUAGCGGAGGUGCUUUGACGUCCAGGAGGAGAACCUCGCUCACGGACUUGUUCGACAUGAAUGCCGUACGUGCUCUUGUUGGAGGCGCUCUCGGCACGGCCGGCACUGGCCUCCUGGUGGGAACGGGAGCGGGCCUGUUACGAGGAACCAGAACCGGAAGACGCGUCGGACGCCUCGGAAGACGCGUGGCAGUACGUUUAGUUCGAAAAAAGGAAUCCUUGGACAGAACAAUCAGGGGUCGAAGUGGGAGAAAACGGCGGUCUGUACCGGUAAACGUGAAGUUGCCUGUUACCAAGCUUGCCUCAAGUAUCAUAGACGACGUUCCAGAUCACUUGAAGAUGGUGCACUGUGGUCAUCAUGAGGUUCCUAACCGUGGACACGACAGAGACCGCUUCUGUCACCCGGAGGCCACUUGGAAGACGGUUCUGCGCAUGCGCCCAGAGUGUGUCUGCGCGCCAGGAUACGUACGCAACUCAUGGGGCGACUGCAUAAGCUAUGACCAGUGCUACCACUGCAUCGAUAAGCACCACCUGAACAUGGACUACAACUUGUGCGAAUCGAAGUGCCCUCUCGUCUGCAAUCAGCCCAUAAAUAUGAACUGCCCCGACACGUGCUACCAGGAGUGCGCCUGCAGGCCAGGUUACAUUAGGUUGCAUCCCAACGGCGGUCCUUGCAUCAGCAUCAAGAAAUGCCUGCCGGGGUGUUCCAGUCACAACCAAUACUUCGCUCUCUGCGUCUCUCCAUGUCCUGCGACGUGCGCGAACCCUUUCCCAACGAAAUGUCCCAAGCUCUGCGCCGGCGAGGGCUGCGUCUGUAAGCCUGGUUACGUCGUCCUGCAGCACGAACCACUCGUGUGCGUUCGCCCGGAAGAAUGCCCUGGAUUCCGCAACAGGUGUCCCGGAGAGAACCAGGUGUACACCCCAUGCAAGCCCCGUUGUCCGGAGACUUGCUGGGACAAACAGCCUCGGAUGUGCACCACUGGUUGUGCUGGUGCCGGCUGCGUCUGCAAGCAGGGAUUUGUUGUCAAGAGCGCCAAUCCACUUGUCUGCGUCCACCGCGCACAAUGCGCCAUGUUUAACCACACUUCCCAUUUCAUGCACACCAAGUCGCUUUAAGCUUAUUUCCACCGUGGUGUGAUGGAGGUUUCACAAAGGACUAGAUUUCUUUGUAAUCGAUCGAAGGACGCAAGUAAAUGUACUUCUUCGGCCUACUGGGUUCCAAUACUAAGCACUUGUCCUGUUUUGGAGCAAUAGGUUGGACCUCGUGAACCCUGCCAGCAGGUUUCUGUUGACAAGGAAACAAUCCUUAAAGGUUUGCGAAAUGCUCUCGUGCAUGAAUGAGAAAAUAGCGCAUGUUGAAGGUUCUUUGAUUUGGAAAAGUAAAGGUCCUUACGAAGUGCGAAAUGUUGCGCGAUUCCUUUUUAAGCACAUUGUACGAUGGAUUCGUAGUCCGUAGUCGCGUUUAGUGCAACUUUGGCGUGAAACACGUAUACGGCAGAAGGGUCUGCCGCUUCCAAACUAGGGGCUCUUCAAGCUAAUACCAAUAAUAAAAAAAUCAUUUUAUGAAUGAACCGUACACUGUUAGGCAUGAAUAAGUCACAAUUUCGCAGAUGUACCAUGCUUAUCUUGUAUAAAUAAUCGCUUCCCAAAACACAUGUUUAUAUGUUCGAAAGUACACUCAAAUAGAGAUACUUUUUAUUAUCUUUUUGAUUCCUUCCUUCGAAUUGCGACCUAUUCAGCCACCACACUAUUUUAUAUUACCAGCAAGCCCACUUCAUAAUUUCUGAGCUUGAAUGGUAAACGUAGAAACGGUGUGGUAAUGAAAGGAAACGAAACCAGAAUAAAAGUAAAAAAUGUCGUUCUAAAUACGCAGUUUAAUUCGAUCGGCCCGCUCAUAUACAGGGUAUCCCAACUAUUAUGCACCAAUAUUUAAAAACAUGCAAAUGUCACGUAGCCUCAAAGACCCAAGGUAAUGUUGUUUGCCAUAGCUUGGCCAUACUCAGGUAAUUUUUUGCAUUCCGUCGAAUUACAAAAUUAGUCCUAAUAAAUAUUCGACUUUUCAAAUAUUUUAUAUAUGAAAAGUGUCAAUGAGAAAAUUGUACAGCAACACGAAAAACUUCUGAUACAGCUGUGUGUUGCUCAAUACGUCCUACAUAAAGGUGUUUUUCCGAGCACGAAAGAAGCCCGCGAAUACACGCAAAAUUACCGCGCGACUGUCCGCUCGAGGCACUUUGCGUGUAUUCGCGGGCUUCUUUUGAAGUCACUUCAAGCGGUCUUUCUAGCCUCGGUAGAAUACUUAUGGGCAUGCUUUUGAUGAACCAUCAGCUACAGACUCUUUAGAACUUGACAUUAUCCAUUUGGUGACCAAAACACACUGCAUUCAUUCCGGUUAACUGCUGUGCUCUCGGAAAACGUGUGGACCAUCAUAGACCAUCAUUGCCAACCUGUGCUGCAGCUUCCCAAUGCAUACAGUAACGUCAGAACAAGCAGCCUAGCGAGCUUUUGAAACUUUUGAUCCCUCGCAAGAAAUAUGGAAGGGACUCUUAACGUUCGCCGUAGAAUCACCUCUUGCUUGUAAUGAGGGAAGAGUAUCCGAUAUUUAUAAUUUUCUAUGUGCGCAUGCUCUGCAGGACUCGGCAUUCGUGCGAUCGAGAUUGCUCGUAGAAUGGUGAGCAUCCCCAUUCUCCAGCUCGGCAACGUCCAUUGCGUAACAAUCCGAUAAAAGAUGAAGCGAGGGUCCUUAUUUUUGGUGUCUCAUUUUGUUCGGAUCCCUAGGGGCCGGUGUCGGCGACGUUCUGGAGAGAAAUGUGAGCAUCGGAGCGCCCCCUGGCUCGUGCAAGCUGCCUAUGCUCGUAUUUGUCAGUCAUGGGCAUGCGUUUACAACACAAACGUGGGCAUACGUUCGACGUGGACGUGGAUGGGGCAAAUCAUAAAAUGUAUCGUCGGUCAGCACUAAGACGACCUUACAUUUAUUAUACGCGCUAGCAUAGGCUGGCUGCUUUGGCCUGAUGACCAUGACAGGGUGGUAUAUUAGGUCGACAGAGAACCAGUCGACUGGCCGUUAAUACACAAUUACACAUAUUACAGCACAUCGCCAAGAAUAGAUUUUGGACAUAAUUUUAAUGCCAAGUACGGCUCUGAGUUUCCUGGACAUGCCAGGAAAGUAGAGAGAAAGUGAAAUAAAAAAAUGCUCUGAUAGUAACCGGGUGACACUGUUUUCUUGUUGUUCUCCAAGUUCCACCAGCGGCGCUAGGCAGAAAAACAAUCUCAAGUAUUUCUUUGUUGUGCCCCUUCAGAAGACAAAAUGACGUAGCGUCGCGCCAUACUGCAAUAGCCUUAAAA